AAACGAAAGUGAGAAACACCCAAGUGGAUCAGACGGUAUGGAGACGGAAAAGAGACCCUAGCGCCUUGGGAGUUAUCUAACAUACCUGUCAGUCCUGUCUUAGAUUAAUUAACGAUGGACGGCGAUAAUUACGUCACUAGAUUAAAUGAGUUUGCACAAAAAACAUGCUCGCUGCUUCACUACGAGGACCUUCGUUCUGACGGCCCCGAUCACAGUAAAACAUUCACCAAGAGGGCAGUGAUUAAUGGUCAUGGUUAUCCCAGUGGGGUGGGGAAGAACAAAAAGGAAGCCAAGCAAAAUGCUGCUAGACAGGCCCUGGCCAGUUUGGAGCUGCAGGAUCCAGUCUUCUCCAUGGAAACAUCAGUGGAACCACUUUAUCAGAGAAAUGUCAGUCAACCCAACUUAAUAUGCUGGCUCAAUGAACACGGUCAGAAAAACAGGAUCACCAUAAAACCUGUGGAGUCAACCAGAAUGGGCCCAAAUAACACAACUCAAUGCUGUUACUUUGUGGUUGGCGGUAAGGAAUACCCACCUGCCUAUGGGAGAACAAAAAAGGAAGCAAAGGAGGAAGCAGCCAGGCUUGUAUAUAAUGACAUAUUUGGCAGUCAAACUACAGGUACUGCAGAUGAGAAUGAGAGCAGUACAUCAGGUCAACCAAACGGACAACUGAAUGACAGUCUUUCCAGCAUCAAUGAUAAAAUGACAGAAAUUAAUAUGAGCUCUAAAGAAACAAAUUUCAUUGGAAUUAUCAACCACUACUGUCAGAAGACAAGUCGCCACCCUGACUUCAUGUUAGUGAGAAAAACUGGUCCGUCCCAUUGCCCGAUAUUUUCCUACAAAGUUGUAAUUGACGACAAGGAGUACCCUGAAGGUGAGGGUAAGACUGUCAAUGAAGCCAAGCAAAACGCAGCUCACCUGGCCUACAUUGCGCUUCAGGAACAAUCCGACUGGAACAGCCAGGUGUCCUUCAAGUCAGUUACGUCUGAAGAUGGCACAACACCCAGUUUCUCAAGACCACAGAGCACAUGGGAGUCCACUGAUGAAACACCACAAAGCAUGGCAACAUACGACUCAUCUAAUCCUUUCAGGGUUCAGGAACCAAAACCUGAUGUAAAGCCUAGAAGAAAUCUUGCAGUGAAUUUCCAGAAUGCACAAGGAAAGAGCAGAGAGGAUGGGAUGAUUCCAGAUUUAAAAGUAUACAGGAAUAUCAAAAAAACACUCAGUGAGAAUCCGUCUACCCACGUGGUAAUUUCAAGGUUCACAUCAGAAUUUGACUCCAUUGAGCGCCUUGGCAGAGGAGGCUUCGGUCGUGUGUACAAGGCGAGACGAAAACUUGAAGAGAGGUUUUUCGCUGUAAAGAUCGUCCGCUUUAAAGAAAAAGCUCGACGAGAGGUGGGGGCGCUGGCUGAGUUCCAGCAUCCUAACAUCGUGCGAUACUACACAGCUUGGACCGAGCCUUCAGAGUACAAAAGUGACUCUUCAUCUGACGGCGACAGCACUUCCCAGUCCAGCAGCGAUCCAUCUGCACAGUACCUGUACAUUCAGAUGGAGUUAUGUGACAAGAAAACACUUAGAGAGUGGAUAGAUGAGAAGAACACCCAACAGCGAGAUCACAAGAGAAGGGAAGUAGGUCUGACUAUCAUGAAGCAGAUAGUUAAUGGAGUCGUGUAUAUCCACUCCAAGAGGCUGCUCCACCGAGACCUCAAGCCUGCCAACAUCAUGUUUGGAAGGGAAGGAGAGGUGAAGAUUGGGGACUUUGGUCUGGUUACCGCCGAGGACAACGAGAGUGACGAGAACCUGAUAGAGCGGACAAAGAGAACAGGAACCAAGUCUUACAUGGCUCCUGAACAAGAGAGCCACAGCACCUACGACAGAAAAGUGGACAUAUUUGCUUUGGGGUUGAUAUAUUUUGAAGUCCUUUGCAACAUCUCUACUCAUCAGGAAAGAGCAAAGAUCUGGAAUGAUAUCCGAGGUCAGAAACUUCCCACAGGCUUUUCAGUGAAGUUUCGCCAAGAGCACAAAUUAAUCACGUCCAUGCUGUGCGCGAUGCCAGAAGACCGACCAGAGGCAAGCAAAGUAAAGACAGAGCUGGAAUUAAUUUCUCUCGCACUAGACAGGGAACACGUCAUGAAACUGGACAAUAGGACCGUCUGAUUGUAACAAGAAAAUGUUCAAAAAGGAACGGAAACACAUUAGACAUUGCAAGCAUCGUCAUUUCUUGUCCUUCAUAUUCCCAUUUUAACUUCUUGCAUGCUUUGUCAUAUCUUUUAACAAAAUGAUCAUGAUUAUUAAAUGAAAGAAGCUUAAUGAAAAAUGUCACACAUUUCCUCAUGUUUUGUCAAUGACUAUGAAAUCAGUGUUGGAUCAUGCUUUGAAGAACUUUGUGAAGCAGUCUGUGCAGAUUUUUGUCAACAAAUAAUGAAUUACUGUGUCAAAUAUUUGUUUCAAAGUAGUCAAUUGAGCAAACGGUUAAAUGUUUUUAAUUCAUGAUGAUGUUUUCAGCGUGUGCAGUUAAACUAGUAUUGCACUUUGAAGGGCCGCCUCGGUGGCUGAUGUGGUAGAGUGUGUACCAUAUUAUUAUUAACUGACCUGGACAUGCAGUUCAGGCCCUGUGCUGCAUGUCAUCCCACUUCUCUUUCACAUUUCUCAAC